GGAGCCCCGGAAGAGCGGAGAAACCCCAUAUAAAAACUACUGGGGACAUUUCCCAGGCAGACCUACUAAAGCUCCAGAGACAGCAGCACCCGGGGCGGCCGGGCACAGCAGCGCAGCGCAGCGCAGCGCAGCGCAGCGCAGCACCCGGCGCCCAGCGAGCCAGGAGAAGCAGAAAGCGGGGCCGAUCGCGGCUCCCGGGCCGGGCGCGCUCUCCGGCUGGGCAGAGGCGCAGCGCCACGGGGCUGUCUCCAGAAGGCAACUCUCCCCAGAGCGAAGCAAGGCGGCAUCUCGCAAAAGGGACGAGCCAGGCUCCCGAGAGGAAACGGCUGCGGACCAUGGCUGACGAUGAAAACGCCCGCAGCCCCAGCUGCAGCGGUCCUGGGAAUUGCACCGGCACUUGCGGCGAGAAGCCUCAUUGCAACGUGCUGAGCUGGGAGCAAGUGCGGCGCUUGGAUCGCAUCCUGAGCGAGACCAUCCCCAUCCACGGCCGGGGCAACUUCCCCACGCUGGAGAUGCAGCCCCGGCAGAUCGUGAAGGUGGUGCGGAGCCGCCUGGAGGAGAAGUGCAUUGGGGUCCGAGACGUGCGACUCAACGGCUCGGCAGCCAGCCACAUCCUGCACCAAGACAGUGGCCUGGGCUACAAGGACUUGGACCUCAUCUUCUGCGCAGACCUCAAAGGGGAAGCCGAGUUUCAGACUGUGAAGGACGUGGUCUUGGACUGCCUUUUGGAUUUCUUACCUGACGGAGUUAACAAGGAGAAGAUCACCCCGCUUACCCUCAAGGAAGCUUAUGUGCAGAAAAUGGUAAAAGUGUGCAAUGAUUCAGACCGGUGGAGUCUCAUCUCCUUGUCCAACAACAGUGGCAAAAACGUGGAACUGAAGUUUGUGGAUUCUCUGAGGAGGCAGUUUGAGUUCAGUGUAGACUCCUUUCAGAUCAAAUUAGACUCCCUUCUGCUUUUUUAUGAAUGCUCAGAGAAUCCUAUGACUGAAACUUUUCACCCGACCAUCAUUGGUGAGAGUGUUUAUGGGGAUUUCCAAGAAGCCUUUGAUCACCUCUGUAACAAGAUAAUUGCCACCAGAAACCCAGAAGAAAUCAGAGGAGGUGGCCUUCUUAAGUACUGCAACCUUUUGGUAAGGGGCUUUAGGGCUGCCUCAGAAUCUGAGAUUAAGUCCCUUCAGAGAUACAUGUGUUCCAGGUUUUUCAUUGACUUCUCAGACAUUGGAGAACAGCAAAGAAAGUUGGAGUCUUACUUGCAGAACCACUUUGUGGGAUUAGAGGACCGCAAGUAUGACUAUCUCAUGACCCUUCAUGGUGUGGUGAAUGAGAGCACAGUGUGCCUGAUGGGACAUGAGAGGAGACAGACUCUAAGUCUUAUCACCACGCUGGCCAUCCGUGUCCUUGCUGAGCAAAAUAUCAUCCCCAAUGUGGCCAAUGUCACCUGCUAUUACCAGCCAGCCCCAUAUGUAGCAGAUGCCAACUUUAGCAAUUACUAUAUUGCCCAGGUUCAGCCGGUAUUCACAUGCCAGCAGCACACAUACUCGACUUGGUUGCCCUGCAAUUAAGGACAGUUUUAAUACAUCUGGUGGGGAGAACAUUUUCUAACAAGCAGAAAGGGGUGAUAUGCUCCUUAAAAUGGGGUGCUUUGUGCAAUGAUGAUCUGCUCUAGCUAUCAAGUUUGGUAAAGCUUGUGGUUCUUCUUAUAAAUUGUGUGAGCAUGAUCUAGAAAAGAAGCAGAAAUAAUUGGAUUCUACCCCAGAGCACAAGAGACCUGUCAUUAAAAGCAAAUAGCUUCCCCUGAAAUAAACAAGGGAGGAAUGCUUGAUGACAAUAUGGGUAGCAAUACCUGCUCCCAUAGCUUUGGCAUAGAGAAGGUUGGAAAGCCUUUUUUUAGAAUGGGAUCUGCAAAAGGGAGAAUAUGAAAAAAAAAAUACAAAAAACAAACAAUUUGCUUACAUAUAUUCAGGAGUUAAAAGUAGAGGCAUGAAGCAGAGAUAAGUUGAAAUAAAAUGUAUAUUGGAAUUACUGCCUUUGGGACUUGCAACAAGUGCUGUCUAUGGAAUGAUCGUGUAGAAUGUAUAGCUUGCUUGAAUAGAAUGCUUUAACAGAAACAGCUUGCUCCAAAUGAACAGUAGGAGAUUGGUAGAGUUAACAUAAAACCAGAAAAAACACAUGAUGAUAAAGUCCAUUCUUUACAGCUGCAUGCGUGCUUCACAUUUUAAAAAUGUGAAAAUGCAAGAAAAACAGCUGUAGCAAACAAAAUAUGCUCAAGGACCAAAGAUUUCACAAAUAAGUUAUCCAAGCAAAGGAGAUACAGUAGAAUAUAAAAAUAAUUUACUAUAUUUGUACACACCAAUGUUAAUCAAAAGUGCCUGAUGCUUUCAGAAAAUUUCAAGUGAGAAAAAUAUAGUUUUGUGGUUUUUACCGUGUAUUUUGUUUUAUCAGGGACACAAAAAGACAAAAAAACAAACAAACAAAACAAACAAACAAAAAACCAAGCUUGUGAAUCAGAGGUGGAGAAAAUGCCCUAUUUUUUUCCUUGGCAAAUACUUGUAUAAAGUUAAUAUUGUCAGUGUGAUGUUAUCAUAGGUACGUGUGUGUGUGUAUGUUUGUGUGUGUGUGUGUAUAUAAAUAUACACACACACACACGUACACACAAUGUAUAUAUUAAAUGUGGUCUCGGAAAAUGUAGCAAUUAAGAAAUGUUUAAAUAAAGUACUGUGUGUUUCCCAGUUUGCAACAGGAUUUUAUAGGACAGUGAGCACCUUGCAGUGAAUUUAUAACCCACACCUGAAAAUUUGCAGUAAAUGAACCAGUCAGGAUUAAGGUGGGAUACAAAUAAUGUCUUUGGUUGCAAGAACAAAGAUUACAGUAAUUCAGUGAGUUGCCUGUGAGCCAUAAUAAUUCCACAAAUGGAUAAACAUUUGAUUAGCUGAUGCUUUUUUUCACAUUUUGUACUGUAAUACCAUUUUGACAUUUAACCCACUAAUUUUGUGACUGCAUACCUCCAUGAUGUAUAAUUCAGUGGAACGUGGAUCAAAGAUAGGUUAUUUAAACCCCCUGACAGCUAAAGAAUAUUGUAUUAGUUGGUCAUUUGAACACUAAUUGUUAAUAUUUAAAGGAAUAUUUUAAUAGAAUGCAUUAUGCAUUCCAGGACCACUAGAAUUUAGUAAAUGUGAAAUGAAUCCUUUUUAAGAGUGUUGCACGGUUGCUUAAAAUUAUAUUUUAUAUAUAUAUAUAUUAUAUAUAUAUUUUUAUGCAAAUAUUAAACAUCUUUGAUCUGGUUGUCACACUGCAUUUACAAGUUUAGUACUGUACUUUAUUUUAAAUGGAAUCACUUUACAUUGGAAUAUAACUAUUCACUUUCAUUUCCUCGCCCAAGAGACCAGUGGGAGGCAGGAGGGAGAGGCGGGGGGGAGGGGGAGAAGAAAUCGACCGUUUCACUAUUUUCACUUCAGAGACAUCUCUUGGGGGAGGACUGGUUUUGAAAUCCUAGUGCAGUAUUUUCUGCAUCAUUUAAGUUUCGGGUAAAAGAAGAUUAUGUUUAAAAAUGUGUGUUUGGAAAGGGAACUGUUAUCCUGGAAGUGUGUUCUCCCCUUGUCAUUACAGAACUACUAAGAAAAGAUUAUUUUUGCCACCCUUUGUACUUCUAUCUUUGAAGGCAAAUUUAACAGGAACCUGACUUGUUUACUGAAGCACCUUUCCUGUGAGUUCUUCAGGAAAUGUAAAAGCUAUUUCAUUGCCACUCAAUGUGUUUACUUGGGAGUCCUUGUCCCCACCUUCUCUUUCCUUCCCUCCCUCCCUUCCACAUUGGCUGGUUUUUUUUUUUCUCUCUCUCUCUCCUUUGGUCAGGGGAAGGCUUUUCUUCAUUAAUUAUGAAAAGGAAGGGUUUGUUUCCCAUGGCCUAUUACUUCAAGCUGUAGAUCAAGACUAAGAUGUACUUGUCAAAUCUAGAGCAUUGCCUGUAGCUGUUUGAAGGGUUUUCUAACGGAAGCUAAGGGAAGGGCUGGGGAAAUAGGAUCAGCUGGUAAUGUGGUAUGUCCUCUCUUACCACAACUAUUUGCAGCAAAUAAAUGAGUCACCCACUAUUUAAAAAGGUUUUGGGAUCUAUAGUUGUGCCUCAACCACAAAAUACUGAUAAUACAUGAGACAAUGUACUUUUCCUUUGGAGGGCAGCCUUUUUCUAUUGCUUUUUUUAAAAAGUUUUUAUUUCUUUCCUCCUUCAGCUGAAAUUUUAUUAUUUUUUAUGACUGACAGCAGCUGUUCAUUUUGUAGUACAUGCAGCAGGGCUCAGCCUACUGCACCUUUCACCAUGCACAUUUAGAUACAUAUAUAAUAUGUUUUUGGAUAUAUUAUAUAAGUAUUAGAUGUAUUUUGCAUAUGUAAAUGAACAAGUGGUGGAACUGGUAGGGCUUUGUUUUCUCUGUGGCUGGUAGUUUAAAAGGUAUCUGAUGUUAGUGGUGGGAAUGAGCCAUGAGAUCAGGCCAAGAGUAAAAUAAGAACAUCUUUUCAAAGCUGAAUUGCUUCUGUGGUUUGCACACCUUCCCCUUCAUAAAGUCUGAUUUUUUUUCUCUCUCUCGCUCUCUUUCUUUCACUUCAGAACACUAGUACUUUUACAGCAAAAAAGCUCUUGGUAUUCUGUGUAGGCUUCACUUUCCCAUCCAAUCAGCCAUUUCAGCUUAGAACUUGCUGAAGAAACAGUACCCCCUUUAAAAUGCUGAACUGAGUAAAAAGGUUGACCUGAUUACAGUCAAACUGUUGUGUGACAGUUGGAUUUAUUGCUAAUCAACAGGGAGCUAAACUUGUUUUAAUAUAAAUAUAAUGGAACAUGAGAGGUUUGAAAUCAGAUUAUUUUCUGAUAUGUAUAAAACCCCCCAAAUGUAAGAACUUUCUCUUAAAAAUAGAAGGGAAAGUAGAAACACCAAUGAGAUCACAUCAUAUCUUUCCUAACUGCCUUUUUUUUUUUGUGCUUUAAAAACACAUCUUGUUAAAUGUUCUGCAUAUGAGGCGUAUUAUGUUGGAGGCUCAUGCCAGUUCAAAAGAAGCUUUUUGUUGUUGUUGUUGUUGUUGUUUCAUUGAGAAAAUGAAGUGUGUUAGGUAAAACUGCAGAUAUAAGAAAAGGAAAGAAAAUGUAAUGACAUAUUCAGCAUCUAUUUGAGUAUACUCUUUUGUAUGGUUUUCUUUUAGCAGACAAUUUCCACUGCAAGAAAGAAAAUCUGUGUACUAUCUUGCUGUUGUAAUAAUGGCUUGCUAACAAAGUAAAUAGCAAAAAAAGGCCUGCAAAUUUCAGGCUUGGCUGAAGCUUGGCUGAAGCACUGUAAACUCUUGCAGUCUGUAGGAGGCUGUGCACAUUUGAUCUCCCUCAGAAUUCCAUACAACUGUUGCCUUCUGUGAGGCAUCCUGUUGCAGCAAAUUGCUCCUUGGAUUGCUCUUGUGGAACAUUUUGACUAUAGGCUCUGUCACAGACAGAAAACGAGCUGAUGGAAAACAGACUCUAAGAGCUGAAGUGUUUGCAUCAGUGCUAGAGGGAACAGAUUGUGAAUUUUGUUUACAGCAUCCAAUAUUUGGAUUUUUUUUGUAAAUAAAAAGAAGUUAUUUUUUUCUA